AUGCAACCGCUACCGCCCAUAUACUCAUUCCCACCCUUAUACACAAGACAACCAAACUCCAUUAUAAGAAACCAACAACUCAACGCAUGGAUCGAUCUAAUCUUGCAGUACGCUAGAGAAAAUAAAUGUUGGACCAUGGCCAAGACGGGAACAUCCACCGCGGAUCCCAAAUUUAACAUAUUCCAUAAUGAAUCCAUACAAAGAUCCGUUUCACCAAUGUUUAUCGACGAAAUAUGGGCUCUCAUGAUCAAACAAUCCAAGGCUAUUGUCAAUAACGAUAACAACAACAAUUAUUUCAUACUGUGGCAAAACAUCGACUCUUGGGCCUCUUUGAUCCUUCAAUGGUUCGAAGAUUCCAAUAAAUUGAAUCAAGUGGUCACCAUUUAUGAAUUGUCCCAGGGGGAUGAGACGAUAAAUUGGGAAUUCCAUCAAAUGCCCGAACCUUUGCUCAUAUUGGCUUUGAAACCACUUUGUAAGAGGAAUAGAGCCACUAUGCUCAAGGAUGAAGAUGGCGCCCCCAUCGCUAUCAAAGUAAUAUAA